UUUUAUUCUAAUUCCGAAUGGUAGGUUAACUUACCUGCAAAACAUUUCCUGGAGUUAUGAUGAAUUUGUAAAUGAUAUAGAGAGGUAUACACACUAUGGAUGAGGCCAUAAAACACUAUUUUUUUAAAAUACAAUACAAUAGAAAAAGUGGGCUUCAAGAAAUACUCACCAGGAUAAAUACAGGACUAAUAUAUUUCCAACAUAUCCUCCAAAAUAAUCCAGGUCUGUGUCCUAUCAUUUUUUCUAUAUCUCUGGCGAAAUUUUCAGUUCCAUAUAUCCAACAAACGCCAGCUGCCUCUACAAAUACCACGAACAGUAUCGCUAAGCCUGGACCAUAGAUAUUGAGCAUGUUCACUAGGUAGACACCACCCUGUGCAAAAACAGAAUGAAACACAUAUAGUCGAAAUCACGAAAGAUGACGAUUACGUCAUCAUUUUAGUCUGUAGUAAAGACAAAC